CGUCCUCCCUCUCGCCUCUCGUCCCUCACUCGGUCGCCGUUACCGCACGGCUGCUCACUGCACGACCAUGGCAGUCCCUCGGCCACUCGUCCUCCUCGUCGCCGUCGUCCUCUGCAUCCUCGUCCUCGGCGGCAGCCACCACCACAAGGACAAGAUCAAGGACGCCUACUCGAAGCACCGCGGCAUCGUCACCACCACGAGGCGGUCCCGCUUCAAGCGCGUCGUCUCGUUCGGCGACUCGCUCAGCGACGCAGGGAACGGCGCCUGGCUCUUCACCAACAAGACUUGGCCAAAAGAUGGAGCAUACGUCGGCCACCGGUUCACCAACGGCCCCGUCUUCACCGAGUACGUCGCGCAGACGCUGCGUGUGCCGCUCAUCAGCUACGCCACCGGCGGCGCCUCGAUCUCGUACCGCGUCUCGUCCCGCAGCGGCGAGCACGGCAUGAUGCCCGUCGACUGCAUCUUUGAGCAGAUCAAGAAGUACAGCGAGGGCAAGACGGACGAGAGCGACACGCUCUUCAUCCUGUACGCUGGCGCCAACGACGCCUACUUUGCGUUGGACGAGGGCGGGACGCCGGCCGAGGUCGUCGACGACCUCAAGACGGCCGUCAAGAACCUGCAGAAGAUUGGCGGCCAGUACAUCGUCAUCCCGACGCUUCCUCCCAUCGGCGAGAACUACCCUUACGCCAAUGCGCUCCCCGAGGCGGCGCCCUUGAUGUACUUCUUCUCGACCGAGCUGCGCAAGCAGUACAUGGAGUGGGCCAAGAAGGAGACCAAGGUCGCCAUCGCCGACUUCUACAGCCUGUUCAACCGCCUCAUGGGCAAGCCCGAGGACUACGGGUUCAAGCGCGAGUACCUCAAGGUCGGCUGCAUUGCCCACAACUGCAAGGACGACUGGCGCGAGUUCAUCUGGUUCGACGACUACCACCCGACGACGUACGUUCACUCGCUCAUGGCCGAGGAAUCGCUCGACGCACUCGACAAGGUCCUCAAGCCCAAUCACCGCGUGUGGUAGAGUCUCGUGUCGCUGGCGACAGAGCGAGACGGCAUCAUGGACCUGAUAGAGCAUCUUGUAACGCAACCACAUUCAUGACGCCUC